AUGUCCUCCCCUGAUAGUUAUACGCUAAAGAAUCUCUACGAUCUCAAUGGCCUGAUUGCUGUAGUGACCGGUGGUGGCACAGGCAUCGGCCUUAAUAUUGCACGUGGUCUCGCUGCUAAUGGAGCCAAGGUGUACAUCACCGGCCGAAGAAAGGAUGUCCUUGAUGGAGUAGUUGCGGAGUGGAAUGCAACUAAGGGUGCCGACAUGGGACCUAUGAUCGCGCAAGAGAUGGAUGUAACGAAAAAGGACAGCAUCAAAGCUGGUGUGACAAGAAUAUCUCAAACAGAGGGAAAGCUACAUAUUCUCGUGAACAAUGCUGGCCAAUGUGGUCCUGUUUCUGAUGAAUUUAAUCAACCAUCGACUACUGCUCAAAAGGAGGCCGGACCAAUUAGUGAAUACCUCUUCAACAAUGAAUCGUUUGAGGAAUGGGGAUCCCUUUUCGCAAUUAACACCUCUUCGAUCUACUUUGUGACUAUUGCGUUUUUGGAUUUGCUCGACAAGGGCUCUAAGGAUAUCGGUAAAAAAGGAUUCUCUUCAAGCGUCAUCAAUAUCACGAGUAUCAGCGGGCUCAUAAAGCUCGCACAGAGACACUUCUGCUACAAUAGCUCAAAAGCUGCUGGGUCUCACCUUACCAGGAUGCUUUCGACGGAAUUUGCUCUGAAAGGAAUCAAUGUUCGAGUGAACGCUAUCGCGCCAGGCGUGUAUGAAAGCGAGAUGACAUACGACACGAUUACAGGGCAAGAAGCAACUGAUUCGGUUGGUAUGCCGGUGGUGCCUGUACCAGCGAGAAGGGCGGGAACCGCUGCCGAGAUGGCAGGCACUGCCGUUUACCUUGCAUCGCCUGCUGCGGCGUAUAUGAAUGGGCAGGAAUUGGUGAUCGAUGGUGGGUACUUGGCUGUGAAUCCUUCCAGAGUGUAG